GAGGGGGCGCCAUCAAGAAUAGGAGAAGGAAGAGAAACUUGGAGAUUGCUCUUCCGUCCUUCAUGCUCAGCUUUCCGUUCGCUGCUUCUUUUUCCUCUUCCCCGCCAGAGGCUUCUGUGCGCAGUGUCAAGUGCUCGGAAAGGGGAGAGGAGUGCGCCUGGCCGGCGAGUUUCGGCUGCUGUUCCCGGAGUCGCGCAAGGCCUCUUCCUUGCCGCCGAACCCUCGCGAAGGAGUCCUUUUCCGUUUGUCGUCAUGGCGUUGUCCUCUGGGCAGCAGGCGCUGAUCUCCGUCGUGCUGGUGUUUUGCGUUUUUGUUGUGAUGCCCAGGAUGUUUGGUGGAGGAGGUGGCAAGUCCCCGCGCCCUGCCAAGGCCUCCACCGGCCGGCACGAUCCUUAUCAGCAUCCCCAAGAUGGAUCUGAGAGAAUUCUCCAGUCCCACAUGAAUCCAGGAAAUUCUGAAAGUAAAACAUAUCAGAGCAUCCAGCAAAUGAGGAACGCAAUGGAGAAGGAGCUGAAGACUGAGCGGACUAGAGGGAAUGGCAAAGACUUUGCUUUAACACUCAUGCCCUUGUAUGCUGUUGGUGUGGGAGUGUUUGCUUUAUACAAAUUUUUAAAGAUGAAAUCUCAAGAAGAAAGUUUAUCUACAAGAGAAAAAAUUACAGAAGAUAAAACAAAAGAAACAGAAUGCCAGCUUUUGGAGCUAGAGCAGCAUCUGGCACAAACAGAGAAAAUGUUAAAUUCUUUAUUGACUCAGUUAGAUCCACUUUCAAGCUGUAUUAAUGCAUUGGCUUCAGAACAGAAAGAUGAAAUAAUGGUACAACUUGAGUCCAUUAGAAAACUGAUGAAAGAAAGUGGAUUGGACAAAUCAGCAGUGAAACCACAAGAUAUUAGCCACACAUGUCAAGAGAAGCUUGAAGAUCUCAUUCAUUCAUUCAGUGAACAUUGUGAAGAAGAAGUGGGUGAAAGUAGUGAUAAAAAGUGUGGACAUGAAGUACUAUUUGGAGAGAAUGAGGAGCAUUGUGAGGAAGAAAAGCAUGAACACUCUGACUAUGAGUUCGUAUUUAGUCCAUUGGAGGAGCCAAAAAGGAUAGAAGUUGCUGGAGUAAUACAGCAAGAUAUGUUGAAACCGGAGUUUGGUUUAAGGAGACGUAACAGAAAUGAAUGAAACAGAAAAUUAUGAUGAAUUGUUGCAUUAAACUAGAUGCACCUUUAACUUAUUUAUAUUGAAUUCACAAUUACUGCAAUAUGCUUUAAAAACAAGUGUUAUGAACCCUUUCUAUUAUCUUCAGAAUAAUUUAUGUAUAUAUUUAAUUGGACUUCUCUGUGGUGUUUCUUCAUAUUACAAUUACGAUAAUUGGAAUGAUGGUAGAGUAUGUUGGGAACAUUUUAAUUUGUUUUAUGGUAAACAUCUGCAGGCAGGUGUUUGAAUGAACAUUAGAUGAUCCAACAGGUAUAACUUAAAGAAAGUACUGUUUGUCAUUCUACACCUACACUAGUUGGCUGCUUUGGAUACUGAAUGACAAUAUGUGUGUCAUCCCCCCGUUCUAUUCAACAGGUAUUUUUUCUUUGUCUUGGACAGCUGAAUAGUCCUGGAAAUCUUUGCAUGAUUUACUUAUAUUUUUUGAGAAUCACAUUUUUCUUUAAUCAUUUCUCAAAAUUCCAUUGAAAAACAUUGACAAGUGCUGGAUGAAGCUUGAUAGGAAGAGAGCUUGAAAUGUGAUGUGUAUAAACCAGUUCCUACCUAUGAUGCAUAUUAUGUAUGAGAAUAAAGUAAGCUAGUUGUUUA